AUGGCUGAAGACGAAAAUAUGGAAGAAGGAGAACACGGAGAAGGAGGCGGAGAAGGGAAUCCACAUAAAGCCAUCCAAUUUAAAACAGAAACACUAACAUUUGAAAUGCAUGGAAGAAGAUAUAUUGAAAUAGAAACACUUCCAGACAGUAAAACGUGUUACUUCCAACCACUGGACAUACUAGAAUUCUACACUCAUGGCCUAUCACAAGCAGGACAAGCAGUAGCCAAAAAAAGAUGGCAAACACUUAGGACUACUGUAUUUGGAUAUGGGAUGAAAAUAAACGAAGCAGGAUUCCUUCUCCACUCUAUGAUACCACUACAGGAUAUCCUCAAAAACGAACAAGGCACACCAAUAGAACAAACAACACCAAACAUCCAAACAUUUAUGGAAAUCUUCAAAGACACAAACUACAGUGAAGGAAAAAUGACAUUUCCUUCAACAACAACAUUGGACAAAUGGCUAGACAAUCCACAACAAGCAACAUUAGACCAAUCAGCUACAAAUCCAGAAUGGCUCAUAGCAACAAUGGGACACUAUGACACAAUGAGACCAGGAGAUAGAAAAGCAUUUACCAUUCAUCCAGACAAUACAUCAUGGUACAAAAUCGCAAACAGCGGCGGCCAAGAAUCAAACAAAUGGAACUAUCUACCACUCUGGGGAGGAGCACGAAACUGGACCAGACCAUCAGAUGGACCACUUCGCUACAACCCAAUGCGAGCAGACCAAACACAUGGAAUCUUCAUGAGGAUGACACCUGUAAAAGACACCAAUGGAGCAUUAAUAAAAUUUAGGGCUAGACUUACAAUGGAACAUUUUAUAAACAUAACUAUAAGAUUGCCACCUGACGGUAUGGAGACAGGACCAUCGUCCGUAUAUAAUCAACAUCUCCAAACCCUCAUGGCACAAAAUAAUGUUACUGAAUAUACUAUUAAUCACCCAUUCUAA